CCGGUAGUUGGUCCUGGUCGGAUUGGAGGAGAGUGAUUGGGAUGAGGUUGGCUUCCAUUACGGACAAUAGUCCGAGUUGCGUCGAAGAAGCGGAUCGGUUUACGUAUGCAGAGUUGGCGUAGAUUUUGAGUCUGUUUGGCUUGGUGAUGGUGGCAAGAGCCCCGGGCCGCUCUCCCUGACCCAGUGAGGCGGAGCUGGGGCUUGAGUGCUCACCGUGUCCGGCUUCAGGCCGCCAACUGGAUCUGUACAUGUCUCCGGUGGUGACAGGAAUGGAUGUGACCAGCCGAUGUACAAGUGGUGACCCGAACCGGCUUCCGGAGGGUCUGCCUCAGUCUGCGUGCUUGCACUAUGUCUCUGACAAACACCCCCGGCUGACGCUGGAUGCCAUCAAUCAGCUGAGGAAGAACCAGGGCCUGUGCGACGUGGUGCUUGUUGUAGGCCUGAAGAAGAUCUAUGCCCAUCGAGUGGUGCUUGCGGCUUGCAGUCCGUACUUCCACGCGAUGUUCACUAGCGAGCUUGCUGAGAGUAGACAGACGGAGGUUCUCAUUAGAGACAUCGAUGAGCGGGCCAUCGAGCUUCUCAUUGAAUUUGCAUAUACAUCCCAAAUUAUUGUGGAAGAGAACAAUGUUCAGACUUUGCUGCCAGCUGCUUGCUUACUGCAGCUGACUGAGAUUCAGGAAACCUGUUGUGAAUUUUUAAAGCGGCAGCUAGAUCCGUCCAAUUGUUUGGGAAUCCGAGCGUUUGCUGACACUCACGCGUGCAGGGAAUUGCUGCGGGUGGCGGAUAAGUUCACGCAACACAACUUUCAGGAGGUAAUGGAGAGUGAGGAGUUUAUGCUUCUGCCAGCAAACCAGAUGAUUGACAUUAUUUCCAGUGAUGAGUUGAAUGUGCGAAGUGAGGAACAGGUGUACAGUGCUGUUGUAUCCUGGGUCAAAUAUAACAUUCAAGAGAGGAGGGGACACCUUGCUCAGGUCUUGCAACAUGUUCGACUGCCAUUGCUGAGUCCUAAAUUCUUGGUUGGCACAGUUGGAACAGACUCUUUGAUCAAAAGUGAUGAAAUGUGCAGAGAUCUCUUGGAUGAAGCAAAAAAUUAUCUACUUCUGCCACAGGAGAGACCCCUAAUGCAGGGCCCUCGAACUCGACCUCGAAAACCUAUUCGAUGUGGAGAGGUGCUUUUUGCUGUUGGUGGUUGGUGCAGUGGUGAUGCAAUCUCCAGUGUGGAACGCUAUGAUCCUCAAGCACAUGAAUGGCGGAUGAUGGCGUCGAUGUCUAAGCGAAGGUGCGGUGUUGGCGUGGCAGUUCUUGAUGAUCUUUUGUACGCAGUUGGAGGUCAUGAUGGGUCUUCCUAUCUCAAUAGUGUAGAAAGGUAUGACCCCAAGACAAACCAGUGGAGUAGUGAUGUAGCUCCAACAAGCACGUGUAGAACCAGUGUUGGGGUAGCCGUGCUGGGAGGAUACCUAUAUGCUGUUGGAGGACAAGAUGGAGUGUCCUGCCUUAACAUUGUCGAAAGGUUUGAUCCUAAGGAAAAUAAAUGGAUGAGAGUAGCACCUAUGAGUACUCGUCGUCUCGGGGUAGCUGUGGCAGUUCUUGGUGGACAUCUUUAUGCUACAGGGGGCUCUGAUGGAACAUCUCCAUUGAAUACAGUUGAACGUUUCAUUCCUCAGGAGAACCGUUGGUCUCCUUGUCCACCUAUGGGAACAAGACGGAAACAUCUUGGCUGUGCUGUCUUCCAGGACAUGAUCUACGCAGUGGGGGGACGUGAUGACACAACAGAGCUCAGCAGUGCUGAGCGAUACAACCUUCGGACCAGUCAAUGGUCUCCAGUGGUUGCUAUGACUUCCAGACGCAGUGGAGUUGGGCUUGCAGUUGUAAAUGGACUUCUGAUGGCUGUUGGUGGCUUUGAUGGCACGACCUAUUUAAAAACCGUUGAAGUGUUUGACCCCGAUGCAAACACAUGGAGAUUAUUCGGAAGUAUGAACUACAGACGCCUUGGUGGUGGGGUUGGAGUGGUGAAAAUGACACAAUGCGAGUCCCACAUUUGGUGAACUGACACUUCCCAAAGGAUUGGUAUGCUUGUUGUUACCAUUCAUCACCAGGCACUGGACUGUCCAUUUAAAUGCCAUCUGCUGGAAGAGUACCUGCUGGAACAAGUUGGGUAUGAAGCAAACUUGUACAUUUUAAUGUUUCUAUGGGCAUUUCAUUUCUAUUUCUAAUAGGAAUAAGUAGAGGCAUCCAAUUAAUCUUAGAGAAAUGAAACCAGUGGCCUUAAAUUAACCAACUCUUAAAGAUGCUCGAUUUAUAAGCUUUUGAAAUAACAUCAUGGCAGCUGAACGCCUUAUAACCAGCACAGUCUAUGCAGCUUGCAAAGAAAAUAAUAGCUGAAUGCUCUUUAUAGGCAAAGGUUAACAGCACAACAUUGAGAAAGGCACAGGAAAGUCAGUAUAAUCAGGGGAGCACUGUGCUUUGGACAAAAGUUUGCAUUAAAAUCAAGAUGGUGAUUCUAAUAAGCAUUACAAAUCUAUUAAAAUACUAUUAUGCAGUACAUCCAACUCAUUGAAUACAAGCAAAUGUGCAAGCUUGCACUAGUAGAAGUAAAGCAAGACAGGAUUGUGUUAAACUUUGCCAGUCCACUUUUAUAUUUGAGCUUUAAUUCAGCUGUCAUGCCUAACUCAAUUUAUUUUCCCCCGGAGGUCAAAUAAGUGAGGGUUGCAUUAAAAGAGCACGACUGGCUAGAUAAACGUAUGGUCGGAUUUCCACAAGUUAACCAAAACCAAGAAUUCGGUUAUCCUGUGCAAUGUUAAACUUGCAGUUUCAAUCACAAGUGCUUUAGAUUUUAUGCACAAGUUUAGCCCUGAGACAAUGGUAUAGUGUAGUUACAGCUGGUAACUAAAACUUGCACUACUUUUAAAUAUCUUCAUGCAACUGUUUCUUCAAGCUUUAACAGCUGCAAGUUACUACCUCAGCUGUAGAGCUAAGUAGUGAAAUCUCCACGUAUCAUUGUAGCUCCAAGACAAGACUAUUAGUUUAAUUUUGGGAACCAAUUCCAGGGCUAAUGCACUUCACUUCCCAUUAAGUUCUAGCAUUUCCAUUGUACCCCUACAUGAAGUAUCCAUUAAAUUUAAUUGAAUGCUACUACUAUUGUAAUGGAUUAAUGACCCAGAAGCUUAAUUGAAACAUUGUAAGAGAUGUUUGCGGUUGUAUAUUUAAGACUUGUACAGUAUUUAAAUAAAAUAGACCAGACAUGUUGA